AUGGCAGAUUUGGAUGCAAAGGCCACAACUUUGGUGCUGAGGAGCACAAGCAAGCUGACCUACGAUGGAGUUCUGCUGAUGCUGUCAAAGAUUUGCCAAGGACCGUUCUACAAUUACGUCUACCUGCCUUGGCCGAAGCUCGCUGUGGUGAAUUUCACUAGUCCUGAAGUAUGUCGCGCGGCCUGUCGCAUCAUGACAAUCCUGUCGAAGAUGGAAACAUCUGGAAUUCGCUACGUGAAACAGGCGGCGAUUCAAGGCUUGGCGGAAAAUCUCAGCAUCUUCUUGGCAAAGUCUGGAUAUCAGUCCAUGAUGGAUCCAGGAGCACCCCGUGUUUUCACCAAGAAUGGCACACCUUUGCCGUUGAGCUUGGCAGCCAACAUCUACUCCCAGGCAGUCCCUGUGCAGCUGCAGUUAGAGCCUUACGUGAGCAAUGCCUCUGAAAGGUAUGGGACCCUCUUGUCAAGUCGGGUGGCAAGGGGGGUCUUCUUCUUGUAG